AUGGCGAACGUAAUAGCGAACUCUGGCCACGAUGAGAUGAUUCACGAUGCUGUCCUUGACUACUACGGCAGACGGUUAGCAACUUGUUCCUCGGACAAGACCAUCAAAAUCUUCGAGGUGGAAGGCGAGAAGCACACACUUGUCGAGACACUACGAGGCCACGAAGGCGCAGUAUGGUGCGUAGCCUGGGCCCACCCUAAAUACGGCAACAUCCUCGCGUCCUCUUCGUACGACGGCAAAGUCAUCAUCUGGCGCGAGCAAUCCUCGACCUGGCAAAAGAUUUACGAAGUCGCCCUACACACCGCAUCCGUCAAUCUUGUGUCUUGGGCGCCACAUGAGGCUGGCUGUCUUCUCGCAUGCGCCUCCUCGGAUGGCAACGUCUCGGUGCUCGAAUUCAAGGAGGAUGCAUGGACACAUCAGAUCUUCCAGGCGUGUGGUAGCGGCGUAAACAGCGUGUCAUGGGCGCCCGCCGUUUCACCCGGUCAGGUCGUAAGCGCGAGCGGCAACCAGGCUGGUGCCGCCAGACGAUUUGUUACGGGAGGAAGCGACUGCCAGGUCAAGCUUUGGGAAUUCAGUGCCGAGACUGGCGGGUGGACGAAUACCCAGAUUCUCCCAGGACAUACGGACUGGGUGCGUGAUGUCGCCUGGAGCCCUACCGUCUUGUCCAAGAGCUAUAUUGCGAGCGCGAGUCAGGACAAGACGGUGCGCAUUUGGACGUCUUCGGAUCUCCAUGACUGGAAAUCCACCGUUCUUAAUGUCGACGCCGUUGCGUGGCGUGUGAGCUGGAGUUUGAGCGGUAAUGUGCUUGCCGUUAGCACUGGGGACAACAGAGUUAGUCUCUGGAAGGAGAGGCUGAGUGGUGGUUGGGAGUGUGUCAAGACGAUCGAGGAGUAG